UUACUCAUCAUAUAAACUCAAAGUGCAGUCACACACGAGGGCGUAGAAGAAACUAGAGACUCCAGAGAGACAUAGCACAAAAUCACACAAUGCCAAGCUACAAACUCACUUAUUUUAAUAUGAGGGGGAGAGCAGAAAUUAUUCGUUACAUAUUUGCAUAUUUGGACAUAAAGUAUGAAGAUCACAGAAUAGAACUAGCUGAUUGGCCUGAAAUCAAACCAACUCUUCCAUUUGGCAAAAUCCCCGUUUUGGAAGUUGACGGACUUCACCUUCACCAGAGCCUGGCAAUCGCGAGAUAUCUGACCAAAAACACAGAUUUGGCUGGAAAAACAGAACUGGAACAAUGUCAAGUGGAUGCUAUUGUGGACACCUUGGAUGAUUUCAUGUCACGGUUUCCUUGGUCUGAGAAAACACAAGAUAAAAAAGAGCAGAUGUUUCAUGAGCUGCUUACACACGACGGACCUCCCCUUCUGCGAGAUUUGGACGCGUACUUAGGGGAAAAAGAGUGGUUCACUGGUAACUCCGUAACGUGGGCAGAUUUCUACUGGGAAAUUUGCAGCACCACACUUUUGGUCUUUAAACCUGACUUGUUGGACAUCCAUCCCAGGCUGGUGAUGCUACGGAAGAAAGUCCAAGCCAUCCCUGCCAUUGCUGACUGGAUGCAACUAAGGCCCCAAACCAGACUCUAGGUGAUGCCUGCUGCCUCCAGCAAUGCUGUUCUUCACAGCAACACAACCAUCAGAUUAGCUACAUCAGCCUGCCUCCUGGGUACACCCUCCCUGCUCCAUCGGGACUUCCACUUCUGCCAUAUUCUUCUUGAAAAUA